UUUCAUUGCAGUGACUGACUACGGUCUUCCUGGAAAUUGCCGGCACUUCGAUGGGAACCUGGCAAUCUCAUCAUGUUUGAUUUUUCCUUACGUCUCUAUUCGCCACUAUUCCUCUGUCUUCAAUUUCCCUCUUGCUUGAUUUUAUCGCCUUCUUUAUCCUUUUAACUCCCCACGAAGGUUUUGCAGGUUUCACUUCAAGAAACUUGAUUUCUGCGUCUGUCUCUUCUUGAAGGAGCAAAUCAUAUGUGUGGGCUUCGACUAGUUGUUGGUUUGUCUGCUUCAAUCUCAAAUAUCCGGGCCAUCUUAGAUUUAGGGUGCUUAGCUUCCCUCUUGUUCAAUUUAACUCCUUAAGGAUAUUUAGUGAUGGAUUUUUGCCUAAUUUGAGACAGCUGUUUCUAUUAUUAUCACUUUAAUGAAGCAAUAAAUGUUUGGUUGAGAUUGUGGGUCUCUUUAAACCCUUUCUAUCGUUUCUGUAUAGUUAGUCUAUGGCUGCAAGCAAAAAACCCCAUCCUAGAGAUGUGGCUUUGCGCCGUCUAUUAUACGUUGUAUUCAUUACGUUAUCUGGGGUUAUACUACUGCAAUUUGUUCUUGGAUCCAAUUCAAGAUCAACCACUGCAACCCUUCCUAUAAAUGAAGCUGAUGAUAGCAAAGCAUCUGCUGCCUGGAAGUCUAGACAGUUAUACAACUUUCAGCUCCCCCAACAGAAUGACUUGUCCUUAGAGCUGGAAAAGAGAAACCAGUUGCCUCCAAAAAACCUGGAUAUAUAUCCAACUCUGGCCAAUGAUCAUAUAAUUAUCGUUCUAUAUGUUCAUAACCGGUCUCAAUAUCUCCAAGUAGUUGUUGACAGCCUUGCAAAGGUGGAAGGGAUCAAUGAGACCUUACUAAUUGUUAGUCAUGAUGGGUACUUUGAGAAUAUGAACAAGGUCAUUGAUGGAAUCAGAUUUUGCCAAGUCAAACAGAUAUUUGCUCCAUACUCACCUCAUUUGUUUUCUAAUAGUUUUCCUGGAGUCUCGCCUUCUGACUGUAAGGAUAAGGAUGAUGCCAGUGAAAAACACUGCGUAGGAAAUCCCGAUCAGUAUGGCAACCAUCGCUCACCAAAGAUUGUUUCGUUGAAGCAUCAUUGGUGGUGGAUGAUGAACACGAUAUGGGAUGGAUUGAAGGAGACAAGGAAGCAUUCUGGUCACAUUCUUUUCAUUGAAGAGGACCACUUCAUCUUUCCAAAUGCAUAUCGCAAUAUACAGAUGCUAAUCUCACUCAAGUCUAAAAAAUGUUCUGAUUGCUAUGCUGCAAAUUUAGCACCUUCUGAUGUGAACUCAAGAGGAGAAGGAGGGGAAAGUUUGAUUGCGGAACGAAUGGGAAAUGUGGGCUACUCCUUCAAUAGAACUGUUUGGAGGAAAAUACACAUGAAGGCUAGAGAAUUUUGUUUCUUCGAUGACUACAACUGGGAUAUCACAAUGUGGGCUACUGUUUAUCCCUCAUUUGGAAGCCCUGUUUACACACUACGAGGUCCAAGAACUAGUGCAGUUCACUUUGGGAAAUGUGGUUUGCAUCAGGGUCAAGGGGAGAACAAAGUCUGUAUUGACAAUGGCGUGGUGAACAUUCAAAAAGAGGAGCACGACAAGGUUCCUAACAUUGGAUCAGAUUGGGAAGUGCAGGUGUAUAAAAAUCAGCCCGGGUAUAAUGCUGGAUUUAAGGGUUGGGGAGGCUGGGGGGAUAACAGAGACCGCCACUUAUGUUUGAAUUUUGCUCACAUGUAUCACUCCAUAGAGGCAUAGGCAUUGCUUCCACUUUGUAAGAAUUGACUUUCUGGCUACUUCUUGUUUCUUUCUUUCUUAUUUUCUCUCUGUUCUAUUAAGUCAAAUGCCAUAUCAUACUGUGUGAAUUUUACACGUUUUGAGACAGAACUAGAUGAGUUUUACA